CGUGCCAGAAGGUGAAGGAGCUCACGGGGAACGAGGAGGAGCCGCGAGCCUCUGUUGCCCCCUCCGCGAGGCGGGAGCCGUGAGCCGUGGACUGAGCGGCGCGGGACAGCGGCGGCGGAGGCGGCGAGGAGAAGAUGCGGGGCUCGGGGCCCCGGGGUGCGGGACGCCGGCGGCCCCCGGGCGGUGGCGGCGACGCCCCCAGCACCCCUGCGUCUCUGGCCGGCUGCUACUCCGCACCUCGCAGGGCCCCCCUCUGGACGUGCCUUCUCCUGUGCGCCGCACUCCGGACCCUCCUGGCCAGCCCCAGCAACGAAGUGAAUUUGUUGGAUUCGCGGACUGUCAUGGGGGACCUGGGAUGGAUUGCUUUUCCAAAAAAUGGGUGGGAAGAGAUUGGUGAAGUUGAUGAAAAUUAUGCCCCUAUCCACACAUACCAAGUAUGCAAAGUUAUGGAACAGAAUCAGAAUAACUGGCUUUUGACCAGUUGGAUCUCCAAUGAAGGUGCUUCCAGAAUCUUCAUAGAACUCAAGUUUACUCUGCGGGACUGCAAUAGCCUUCCUGGAGGACUGGGAACCUGUAAGGAAACUUUCAACAUGUAUUACUUUGAGUCAGAUGAUGAGAAUGGGAGAAACAUCAAGGAAAACCAGUACAUCAAAAUUGAUACCAUUGCUGCCGACGAAAGCUUUACAGAACUUGAUCUUGGUGACCGUGUCAUGAAACUGAAUACAGAGGUCAGAGAUGUAGGACCUCUAAGCAAAAAGGGAUUUUACCUUGCUUUUCAAGAUGUGGGUGCUUGCAUUGCUCUGGUUUCCGUACGUGUGUACUAUAAAAAAUGCCCUUCGGUGGUACGACACUUGGCUGUCUUCCCGGACACAAUCACUGGAGCUGAUUCUUCUCAGUUGCUUGAAGUGUCGGGCUCCUGUGUCAACCAUUCGGUGACUGAUGAACCACCCAAAAUGCACUGCAGCGCAGAAGGGGAGUGGCUGGUGCCCAUCGGGAAAUGUAUGUGCAAGGCAGGAUAUGAAGAGAAAAACGGCACCUGUCAAGUGUGCAGACCUGGGUUCUUCAAAGCCUCACCUCACAACCAGAGCUGCAGCAAAUGUCCACCUCACAGUUACACCCAUGAGGAAGCUUCAACCUCUUGUGUCUGUGAAAAGGAUUAUUUCAGGAGGGAGUCUGAUCCACCCACAAUGGCAUGCACAAGACCCCCCUCAGCUCCUCGGAAUGCCAUCUCAAAUGUUAAUGAAACUAGUGUCUUUCUGGAAUGGAUUCCUCCUGCUGACACUGGUGGAAGGAAAGAUGUGUCAUAUUAUAUUGCAUGCAAGAAGUGCAACUCCCAUGCAGGUGUGUGUGACGAGUGUGGCGGUCAUGUCAGGUACCUCCCCCAGCAAACCGGCCUGAAAAACACCUCUGUCAUGAUGGUGGAUCUGCUCGCUCACACAAACUAUACCUUUGAGAUUGAGGCAGUGAAUGGAGUGUCCGACUUGAGCCCUGGAGCCCGGCAGUAUGUGUCUGUAAAUGUAACCACAAAUCAAGCAGCCCCCUCUCCAGUCACCAAUGUGAAAAAGGGGAAGAUUGCAAAAAACAGCAUCUCUUUGUCUUGGCAAGAGCCAGAUCGCCCCAAUGGAAUCAUCCUGGAGUAUGAAAUCAAAUACUUUGAAAAGGACCAAGAGACCAGCUAUACAAUUAUCAAAUCUAAAGAGACAACUAUAACUGCAGAGGGCUUGAAACCAGCUUCAGUAUAUGUCUUCCAAAUUCGAGCACGCACAGCAGCAGGAUAUGGUGUCUUCAGUCGAAGAUUUGAGUUUGAAACCAUCCCAGUGUCAGUUGCAGCAUCCAGCGAUCAAAGCCAGAUUCCUAUAAUUGCUGUGUCUGUGACAGUGGGAGUCAUUUUGUUGGCGGUGGUUAUCGGCUUCCUCCUCAGUGGAAGUUGCUGCGAUUGUGGCUGUGGAAGGGCUUCUUCCCUGUGCGCUGUUGCCCAUCCAAGCCUAAUAUGGCGGUGUGGUUACAGCAAAGCAAAACAAGAUCCAGAAGAGGAAAAGAUGCAUUUUCAUAAUGGGCACAUUAAACUGCCAGGAGUAAGAACUUAUAUUGAUCCACAUACCUAUGAGGAUCCCAACCAAGCUGUUCAUGAAUUUGCCAAGGAGAUAGAAGCUUCAUGCAUCACCAUUGAAAGAGUCAUUGGAGCAGGUGAAUUUGGUGAAGUUUGCAGUGGACGUUUGAAACUUCCAGGAAAAAGAGAAUUACCUGUGGCGAUUAAAACUCUUAAAGUAGGCUAUACUGAAAAGCAACGCAGAGAUUUCCUGGGUGAAGCAAGUAUCAUGGGGCAGUUUGACCAUCCUAACAUCAUUCACUUAGAAGGUGUUGUGACCAAAAGUAAACCGGUGAUGAUAGUGACAGAGUAUAUGGAAAAUGGCUCUUUGGAUACAUUUUUAAAGAAAAACGAUGGGCAGUUCACUGUGAUCCAGCUGGUCGGCAUGCUGAGAGGCAUCGCUGCGGGAAUGAAGUACCUCUCCGACAUGGGCUACGUGCAUAGAGACCUUGCUGCCAGAAACAUCUUAAUCAACAGUAACCUUGUGUGUAAAGUGUCUGACUUUGGGCUUUCCAGGGUGCUGGAAGAUGAUCCCGAGGCAGCCUACACCACAAGGGGAGGCAAAAUUCCAAUCAGAUGGACUGCCCCAGAAGCUAUAGCUUUCCGAAAGUUUACCUCUGCUAGUGAUGUCUGGAGCUAUGGAAUCGUCAUGUGGGAGGUUGUGUCUUACGGAGAGAGACCCUACUGGGAGAUGACCAAUCAAGAUGUGAUUAAAGCGGUAGAGGAAGGCUACCGUCUGCCAAGCCCCAUGGACUGUCCUGCUGCUCUCUACCAAUUAAUGCUGGAUUGCUGGCAGAAAGACCGAAAUAGCAGGCCCAAGUUUGAUGAAAUCGUCAACAUGUUGGACAAGCUGAUUCGUAACCCAAGUAGCUUGAAGACACUGGUUAAUGCAUCGAGCAGAGUAUCUACUUUAUUGGCAGAACAUGGCCCACUGGGAUCUGGGGCCUACAGAUCAGUGGGUGAAUGGCUAGAAGCAAUCAAAAUGGGCCGAUAUACAGAGAUUUUCAUGGAAAAUGGAUACAGUUCAAUGGACGCUGUGGCUCAGGUGACCUUGGAGGAUUUGAGACGACUUGGAGUGACUCUUGUCGGUCACCAGAAGAAGAUUAUGAACAGCCUUCAAGAAAUGAAGGUGCAGCUGGUCAACGGGAUGGUGCCGUUAUAACUUUCUUUUAUUGUCACUUCGUUAAGUGAAUGAUUCUGCACUUUGUAAACAAGCCCUGAGAUUUAUUUUAACAAAAAAGGGGGGAAAAAGGGAAAACUCAGUGAUUUCUAAACCUUAAAAGAGCAUUUGUUUCAGCUACAGAAUUUGUAAUCAGUGUUUUACUAAAAUCUCUUUAUCUUCCUCUCAGUGUCUUCAUUUUUUCAUGAAGCAAGUGUAACCUGUGUGAGAUAUGAACAUGAGGUUAAAUCUUAUCUUAUAUUACAACAGCAAAGUCCUUCUCACUACUACAAAUUUUAUACAGGAAAUAUAUAAGUAUAUAUAGCACCUUUAUAGACUGAAUUAAGGCAGCCCCUUUCAAAACUUCCAAGAAUCUACUUGAAAGGAAAAUUUUAUAGCCAUUUGUGGCCUAACACAAGCUGCAAUUUACUGACGUUUACUUCAAGUCUUAAUUGUCUAUGUAAGUGUAUUGAAGAGCAAUAUGGUUAGAUAAUUUCUAAAUAGAGAUCUUCUUUUGUAAUUUUAAAUGCUGUUACACAGCGUUAAGUUAUAGAAACCAGUGUAUAAACAUUGCUUGAUCAAGGACAAGUUCAAUACAGGGUGUAUAUUUAUUUUUCUGUGUUAUAAAAUUUACGUUUAGUUGCUCUUCUAGAAACUACUAGGUAAUCAAUGUAUAUAUACUGUAUAAUUUGCUAUAUACCCAGGAAUCAAUUUAAGUUGUAGUUUUGUGUGUGUGAGUGCACGCGCGCACAUAUGCGUAUUACCAUUCUGCUUGCAGCGUUAAUAGUGUUUUCAUUUAGCAACAUCUGGAACAAGUGUUCCCGAGUAUAAUAGGAAUAGGAGAAAUAAGGAAGCGGUCAAACAAAAUUCAACACAGGCUCAUGUCUUUUUUUUCUCUCAUGUGUCCAAAAGCUACUAAAUCUCCUUAUUCACUAACAGGAAAUUUCUAUAAGACUAAAUCCCUUUUAGCAUUUUAAAAACACUUUCUGAUAUCUGUGACAAUGCGGUUCUUUUAGCCAUUAAUCUUGCACCCCUGUAAGAAAUUUCACCUUUCUGAGUCCCAGAAAAUAUCUUGUCAAGCAAAGUUGACACCGAAGGGCACAUUUUCAGCAGGAUGUAGAAGGAUUUAACUGUGCAGACUUCUGUUAAUGUUGUUAAAUCCAGCGCAUGGCACCAAGUGUUAAUCCUUUGUAACCAUUCCCCUUGUUGCUCAGCUCUAGAAAUUUUGAUACUAAAGCAGCAAUGGAAUGAUGACAAAUAUGUAUUAUAUUUUUUCCUUUUAGAAUUGUCUCUAUAUCAAGACUUGACAAUUUUUAUUUGUUGUUUAUUCAUUUGAUAAUUUCAUCUUGUGUUCAGCUAUAUCAAAUUGACUCUGUUUUGAUGAGCCAAUCCAAAGUAUUAUUUAAUUGGCCUUAUUAAGAAAUAUAUGUCCUACAAACAUUCUAUAUACCACCCUUGGUGAAGACUGACAUUUGUGGUACAAAUUAAACAGUUUAUUAGAACUUGAACAAAACUGAGCUCCUUGGUGAAAUAACCAAGUCUUUUGUAUUAUUACACUGUAUAAAUUAUGACUGACAUGAUUAUUCAAGGAGCACAGCAUGUAAACAAAACACAGCCUACAUACGAUUACCAAUGGCAGUAGUGUAUUGGAGUAGCCUGCAUCAGGGACAUCCAUAGGGAAUAUGCCUGCACUAUAUUGUUGGUACUCCCUCUCUCUUUCCCAAGCACCUGUUUCAGUUGAAUGUUAGCAUAUACAAGAAGAAACUUUGAGGACAUAACUUCUUUCUACUCUGUCCACUUUUUACUUAAGUAGCUCUUUACUAAGGAAUGGGGGGGAAAAGGAAAAGAAAAUGUUUAAAACAAUUUUCAAAUGCUAUAUUCAGUCUUGUCCAAUUAGGGGUAUAAUUCCUUGUUGGGUCUAUAGUGUACCAAGGAAUCCACACAAACUAAAUGCUAGUAUACUUUUGUUAACUGACAUCUCCAGAGAAAACAGAGAGAGAUGGAUUUAACUUUGCCUUGAUAAAAUCACAAGUAAGCAGGCAUCACCAUGAUUAAAGAUGCAUUUGAUCAUUUCAGGAAGCAUAAAAGUAACUAAACUAAUUUCUUUUGCACAAAAUAGUUGGAGAUUGUGUUGCAUUUAUUGAAUUUUGUAAAAACCAAUCAAAUCUAAAUGAUAAAGUAACAAUUGAGAAACUUCAAAUUAAGAAUAGAUUUAUUGAUUUAAGAGAAGCUAUCGUAAAUUUUAGAGCUGACAGACUGGCCACAAUACUUAUACAUCAUAAAUAUAUUUAAGUUGUUUUCCAGACUUACAUGUUCAAAGAUGAUUGGGAGGUCAGGAUGGAUGGAGUAUGUUGAAGUGAUUAAAAUUUGAAGUUACAGUAUAGAUUUCCUCUUUUUCACAAAAGAACAUUAUAAAUUAAUUUGGAUUCAAUUUAUUUGCUUCCUUUGCAGCUUUGGUGUAUAUUUUGGACAGUAAAUUGAGAUGAAAGUUAAACAGACACAUAGCUUUCAUCCAUAUCUCACUUUGGUUGAGAAUUUUCUAAGGAAUGUCCAUAUGAUUUGAGAAGAGGUAUUCCUCCGCCCCAAAAGAGGAAAGAUUUCCUUUCAAAAACAUGUGUUCACCACUGGAUAUGUCACCAAUUGGGAAGUGCCAAUCUCAUCUAUGAAUGUGAGAAGUGGAACAAAGAGACAGGCAGCUUUUACGACAUGCAGUGAGUCAGUGAUCCGGGGCAAGGUUUGACAAAUCUUGAUUGUGUGAUUUCUUAUCCUCUUGCUUCAUAUUGUCACCUACCAGACAACUAAAAAUAAAAUAUAGAUUCAGUAAUUUUAGUACGAAAGAUGGAUUUGUCAAAUUAAACAAUGUUAUUUUAACUAUUAGUAGCAAUACCUUUAGGGCAUAAGUCUUUCUCGGCAUUUAACUUAGAAAAAUAGGCACAAGCAAGGAGUAAUUUUCAACUUACUGACAUCUGUUGAAGUCACUCAAUUACUACUUCUAUCAAUUGUAAUUUGUUUCCUAAUCUCGCCAUUUGCUCAUGACGUAUAGUUAUUCUUCUUGGCCAUUGAAAUGUAUGAAUUGUAUGUAAAAAUGUAGAAACUUUGAUUUUUCCCAUUUAAAAAGAUGAAUGUGCAUGGUCUUUUAUUUCUUGUAGUUGAUUUACUAAGUCAGUGUUCCAAAGUUGUAGGAUAACUGUAAAAAUUAUAUUCCAAUAUUCUAUCUAAACUUAAAUGUGGCCAGCAUUAGUAGUUUCAGAGUUGCCAAAACAAUGCAGAACGUCCUUAACUCAGUAUGUAAAAGAGUUUUAACCAGUGUGCAAUGAUGAAGAAAUAGUUUCCUAUCUCAAGUUUAAAAUGGAAAAUUAAUAUCAGUUGAGCACUUAGUGUGUUUGCAUGUCUGCUAUCUAACCUCCACGUGAAAGUUAAAGAUUUUUUUUAACACCAUUCUUUCUCCCAUUUAAAGUGGGUUUUCAGAAGCACAAGCAGAGAUAUUUACCUGUGGAAGAAAUUUUGGGCUGUAAUUGUGCAUUGAAUGGCAAAUGCCAUUUGAGUCAGAUGUUAGAAAUUUACUAGAUGUUUGAUGUUGCAUAGUAGAAUAAGAUCCUUUUCUCAUUUUGUUCCUUCUAAAAAUAAGAAAAAAGAAAGCUAAAUAUGAUAGUAAAUUGUCUUUGCUUAUGUCCUGCCAGAUGUUUAACCUCAAAAUAAAUUAAAAAGUAGGUACAAUAAGAUGAUGAUGAUGAUAAUGAAUAAACAAAGUGCUAGUUUUAUUUGAAAUUAAUAACUAGUCAUCAUUUUUUCAACUCUGUAGCACAGCUGGUUACAUUGAAUAUUUUUCUCUAUUAUGCUGUUAAUUAUAUAGUAAUGUAUCAAAGCAGAAAUAGAUAAGAAGUUUCUUUUUAUUUCUUGUUCAUUUAUGAAAAAGUCUUUUUACACAUAAAUGAUUGAAUGUUCUUGUUCAAAAUGACCACAUAAUUAUUGCUUAGGAGAAGACACCAAUUCUUUAAAAAAAAAAAAGAGUCCGUUUAUAAUAAUCAGAAUCAAAUGUCAUUUGUCUCUUCUAAAUGUAAAUGAAAAAAAUUGAAGGUGGCAAAAUAUGUCAUGUUUAUUCAGACUGGGCUAUAUUAUCAGUAGAAGUUUCAGUGGUCAAAAUGUUUGUGCAUCUUUAGACUGCUAUAGUUUUACAAUUACUUAUUCUAAAGUGUGUAAAUUUCAUUUAUAAAGUAUUAAAAGCUAGACUCAGUCAUUUGUUAAUCUGUUUAUUGAAAUGUUUUAGUUUCAGGCAGGUCAGAAGCAGCUGUAUAACGAAUCUUAUUCUCUGUUAGGCAUGGGGACAUCUCAAGUCCCUGCCUCAGUGUUAAUUCAAGGAAGAAUCAGCGUUUCUGUAUUUUUUCCCCAUUUGAAGCUAUGUGCAUUUGGUUUGUGUACAUGUUUUUGUAGUGUAAGAUACGAAAUUUUAUAUUUUUUCAGAAAAUAAAAAAAAGACUUUGAAUACAGUUAAUUCCAA